AUGUCAGGCAAUACCCUGAGAGGAACGCCCAACCGUGGCCAAUCUCGUGCCGGCGCCCCCUUCAACAACGUCCCCAGUCCCGUCACGUCCAACAUCCCCCGACCCGUUCUCGAGCCUCAUGCACCAGGCCAUGCCGCGCAGGGCCAUGCUCAACCGCCCAGCGAAGCCGGCGCGGCAGCAUCCGGCAUGAGUGCCAGCAGACAGAAGCAAAGCAAGAGAGACGAGGCCAUCCGCCGCAAACUCGAAAAUGACCUCAACAAGAAGAAGAACCUCACGAGCCGAGCUCGACACUCGCGCAAGGCCCCUCCGGGCACCGUCCUCGCCCUGAAGCCCAGCCCGGCCCUGCAGAUCAAGCCCGGCACCACCGUCGCCGAAGCCGCCCAGUUGAUGGCCGCGAAGCGGGAGGACUGCGUCCUGGUUACCGAUGACGAUGACCGCAUUGCCGGCAUCUUCACGGCCAAGGAUCUGGCCUUCCGUGUCGUCGGUACGGGCCAAAAGGCCAACAGCGUCACCAUCGCCGAGAUCAUGACCAAGAACCCCCUCUGCGCGCGCACAGAUACGAGUGCCACCGACGCGCUGGAUCUCAUGGUGCGCAAGGGUUUCCGUCACCUGCCCGUCAUGGACGAGAACCAGGAUAUCUCGGGUAUCCUCGACAUCACUAAGUGUUUCUACGAUGCCAUGGAGAAGCUGGAGCGCGCGUAUGCCUCUUCUACCAAACUUUAUGCCGCUUUAGAAGGAGUGCAGUCCGAGCUCGGUUCCAGCCAGCCGCAGCAGAUAAUUCAGUACGUCGAAGCCCUCCGCUCCAAAAUGUCUGGACCAACACUCGAGUCUGUUUUGAACGGCGUGCCCCCGACCACCGUCAACGUCAGAACCUCGGUCAAGGAGGCGGCCAUGCUCAUGAAGGAGAACCACACGACUGCGGUGCUGGUGCAGGACCAAGGAGCUAUUACUGGUAUCUUCACGAGCAAGGAUGUCGUUCUUCGCGUCAUUGCUCCCGGUUUGGACCCAGCAAACUGCAGCGUUGUUCGCGUCAUGACGCCGCAUCCCGACUUUGCGCCCAUGGACAUGAGCAUCCAGGCCGCUCUCCGCAAGAUGCAUGACGGCCACUACCUUAAUCUGCCCGUAAUGAACGACCAAGGCGAAAUUGUCGGCAUGGUCGAUGUUCUGAAGUUGACUUACGCGACCCUUGAGCAGAUCAACACCAUGUCUGCAGGCGACAGCGAAGGACCUGCGUGGAACAAGUUCUGGCUUUCCAUCGACAACGAGACGGAGUCCAUGGUCUCGGGCGACGGCUCACACCACGGCUCGCACCACCACACUGUCGGCACCCGCUCCAUGAUGUCUCCCGACAUGUCCCGCGAAAACCGUUUUCACGACUUAGUCGCCCCAGGAGACUCAGCAUCCCACGUUGGUGUAGAUUCUCCUGGACACUCUAUGCUGUCUGUCACGCCCGAGCAGGCUCCGUCCGAGAUUCCAUUCGCAUUCAAAUUCAAGGCGCCUAGUGGGCGCGUGCAUCGCCUGCAAGUCAUUGCCAACCACGGGAUCGCCACUUUUGUGUCCAACGUGACCUCGAAACUAGGAUCGGAAGUCGACGCUAUUGGCGGUGUGCCUGUUGUGGAGGACGGCCGCGUUGGAGUCUCCGGCUUCGCUCUGAGUUACCUCGAUGACGAGGGCGACACCGUCUCUAUCACGACGGACCAAGAUCUACUCGAGGCCAUCCUGCUUGCACGCCAGGGCCGCCGCGAGAAGGUGGAUCUGUUUGUUCAUGAUCCCAAUCAGUCGCCGGUCACCGUGGCCGCCCCCCAGCCUGGAAUCGAUCAGUACACGCCUGCUGUUAGCUCGGCUGCCAGCGAUGUCCGUAGACGACGGGCUCCGGCCAGCGAGGAAGAGGACGAGAGCGAGGAGGAAGAUCAUGCGACACUGCGCAGACGGAAGUCGAGGAACAGCAACCCAUCUGUGGAGAAGGAGGUUAUUGCCGGCGUGCCUAACGAGCUUCUGCUGCCGGGUGCUAUCGUCACAUUGGCCGUGGUCAUCAUUGGUGUCUUUGCCAUUUCGAGAUUGAGCAGCCGGUAG